CUCAAGAAAUAUCAUAACCGUCAGGAUUCGUGCCACGAUGACUCAAGUUAAUGUUACUGUACAUGCGUCCACUUAUAAAUUACGGUGGUGCCUCCACCACUUGACCCUUCUUACUUCUCAAAAGCCGUUCCGUUUUAUCACAUCACAGGAGUAGAAAGAAGGCGGCAGCCAACUUUUCGUAUGGGAUGGAUUCCAACGACGUAAUCGCACCGUUCGUUAUGAAGACUUACAUGCUGGUCAAUGAUCCAACGUCUGAUAUGCUAAUAACCUGGGGAAGAGCCAACAACAGCUUCAUCGUCGUCGAGCCUUUGGAUUUCUCACAGAGGAUCUUACCGGCGUACUUCAAGCACAACAAUUUCUCCAGCUUUGUUCGUCAGCUCAAUACUUAUGGUUUUAAAAAGGUCGAUCCGGAUAGAUGGGAAUUCGCCAACGAGUGGUUUCUUCGAGGCCAAAAGCACUUGCUAAAGAAUAUAGUAAGGAGAAAGCACAGUAAAAGUCCCUUCAUGCUUGCUAAAAGUGAAGAUUUUGACGAGGAAGAAAUUGUCAUGGAGAUAGAAAGGUUAAAACAAGAACAGAAGUCGUUAGACGACGAGCUUCAGGGGAUGAACAAACGAUUAGAAGCCACGGAGAGACGCCCUCAGAAAAUGAUGGCUUUUCUUUACAAAGUUGUUGAAGACCCUGAGCUUCUUCCUCGCAUGGUGCUUGAAAAAAAACGAAGCAGGAAUCAACUGGGUGAAAAAAAGCGGCGGUUGAUGAUUUCUUCGCUGCCGUCUUCUUCUUCCGGCGGGGGUUUAUCAAGCUCAAUAAAAUCUGAAGUGGAAGAAGUGGGAACAUCAUCACUAUCACCAUCGCCGGAAAAUUCAGUAGAAUGGGUAGGGAAAAUGCAACUGAAUUAUGGGUGUGCCGGGUAUCCGACGCCCAUUUCGACGGUUCCGGCGAACGGCGGAUUUGCAAAUCCUAUGGAGGUGUCGACGCCAGGGAAUAAAAUUUUUUAUUUUGGAGAAAUGGUGGAGGCAAGUCCACCACCACCUUAUCCAUUUUCGCUGUUAGAUGGUGGCUUUUAGUUCCUUAUCACAGGAAUUAUCUUGGAUUCUACCUCUUGUAUUAAUUUUUUUUUUUAAUUUGGCUUUUACUCUUUUAUUUUCUAUUUUCAAUGUUUUUUUUUUUUGAAGAAAAGGGGAACAAUUAUGUGUUUAA